GCAUAUGGUGAGACAACGUUGGCUUUUCUUAUUGACACUGACAGGGCCACAAAAGAAAAAAUGAUCCUUCGCUGACUAUAUAACGAUCGCAAACACCAAAUUUGAAGCUUCACUAAGUGGAAAACUUGGCCUUUGGUUCUGGUUCUGUUUUCUCAUAUUGCUGCGCCUAGCUAAUACCAGCUGGCAUGACUUUGCACUUGCAGAUACACACUAAAAAAAUCAUCUUCAAAUGAGUUAAUUUCACCACGAUCGAGAAAAAUUAGACUGAUUGAUAUUCAGAUUGACAAACUCUCAAUCUGAUCAGCCUCUUCAAAAUGAAUAAAGCAUAUUCAAUCUCAUUAUGCAGCAUUCUCUUCCUUCUUUUUCUUAGCCAUGGUGUCUCCCAGUCACUUCAGAAGCAAGAACAAUCAGUGCUUCUAAAGCUAAAGCAGCAGUGGGGAAACCUUCUUCAUAUGAGUCAAUGGAUCCCAUCAACCAACUCUCCUUCUCACUGCUCUUGGCCUGGUAUCAGUUGCACGUCUAACUCUGUCACCGGGCUGAAUCUUUAUGAUGUAAACAUCACCACACCAGUUCCUUCUUUUAUCUGUGACCUCAAAAACCUCACAGACAUUAAUCUUGGGUACAACUUUAUUCCUGGGGAGUUUCCGAAAGCUCUUUACAACUGUUCAAAGCUUGAAUAUUUAGACCUCUCCGACAACUACUUCGUGGGAACCAUUCCUAGCGACAUCAAUAGAAUGGUUCAGCUUCGGAAUCUUUCUCUCGGCGGUAAUAACUUCUCCGGCAACAUCCCAGCUGCCAUAGGACAGCUUCAAGAACUGAGAACACUCGAACUAGGGGCCAGCCAAUUCAACGGCUCUUUACCGCCAGAAUUAGGUAACUUGUCUAAUCUUGAAACACUGUGGUUAUCCAAAAUUGAAAAUCUUUCGCCGUCAAGGCUGCCUUCCAACUAUACUCAAUUGAAGAAAUUGAAAAAUUUGUGGAUUGCUAAAUCCAAUUUGAUCGGAGGAAUACCUGAAAGUAUUGGAGAAAUGACAGCAUUGGAGCAUUUGGAUUUAUCGACUAAUAACUUGAGUGGGAAAAUCCCAGAUGGGUUGUUCAAGUUGAAGAAUUUAAGCAUUGUUUUUCUACACAGGAACAAGCUUUCUGGGGAGAUUCCUCAGGUGGUUGAAUCUCUGAAAUUGACUUUAAUUGAUGUCUCGGAGAACAGUUUAACAGGGAGCAUACCAGAAGACUUUUCCAAGCUAAACAAGUUGUCGGGCUUGGCCUUGUUCAUGAAUCAAUUAUCCGGAAAUAUUCCAGAGGGUUUAGGCAGAUUGCCAGGUUUGAUAGAUUUCCGUCUUUUUAUCAACAAUUUGUCAGGAGUUUUGCCUCCAGAUUUGGGCAAGUAUUCUAACCUCAGAACAUUCGAGGUCUCUUCCAAUAGGCUUGAAGGAAAACUACCAGAACAUCUUUGUUCUCAGGGUAAAUUGUCCGAUGUCGUGGCAUACGACAACAAUCUCAUUGGCGAACUGCCGGAAGGACUCGGAAACUGUAGCUCUUUGACUACGGUAAAAAUUUAUAACAACAAACUUUCUGGGAAUGUUCCUAGUGGUCUGUGGACAUCGUUGAAUUUGAAUUACUUGAUGCUGGGCAACAACGAAUUCACUGGUGUGCUUCCUGAAAAGUUGGCCCAGAAUCUUUCUCGGUUAGAAAUCAAGGACAACAAGUUUUCAGGUACCAUUCCAACUGGUUCAUCUUCCUGGAAGAAUUUGGUGGUUUUUAAGGCCAGUAAUAACCACUUAACAGGAUCCAUUCCUUGGGAAUUGACCAAUCUUCCACGUUUGACAACUCUUUCGCUUGACCAGAACCAGCUCACAGGAGAUCUUCCAUCACGUAUUCAAUCAUGGAAGUCCCUUAACACUCUUAAUCUCAGUCGAAACGAACUCUCUGGACAAAUUCCUGCAGAACUUUCUUUCUUGCCUAAUCUUAACUAUUUAGACCUCUCAGAGAACCAACUUUCUGGCCAAAUUCCAUCUCAACUUGGUCAAUCGAAGAUCAAUUCUCUCAAUCUCUCUUCCAAUAAGCUAAGUGGAACAAUUCCACGUACAUUCGAGAACGAUGCAUAUGCUGACAGCUUCUUGGACAAUCCUGGUCUCUGUACAAGUUCCAACAAUUUGAAACUCAAGCUCUGUAGUUCCCAACCCAGAAAGCGUGACAAAAUUUCAACCCCAUAUCUUGUUUUGAUCAUAACACUAGGUAUAGUGAUCUUCUUGUUAGCUGUGUCCUUCUCAUUCCUCAUAAUCAGAGGUCAUUGGAGCAAAAACAGACUUGAAUCCAAAUGGAAGCUAACCUCAUUCCAGAGAUUAUCUUUCACAGAGUCGAAGAUCGUGUACGGAUUGAACGACCAUAAUCUAAUUGGAACUGGAGGCUCCGGUAAAGUCUACCAUGUUCCUGUGAAUCGUGAAGGAGAUGGUGUUGCAGUAAAAAAAUUAUGGAACGACAAAAAGUUGGACCACAAACUCGAGCAAGAGUUCCUUGCGGAAGUCGAGAUACUGAGCUUAAUUCGACAUUCUAACAUAGUGAAACUUAUGUGCUGCAUCUCAAGUGAGAGUUCAAAACUUCUAGUCUAUGAAUACAUGGAAAAUCGGAGCCUAGACCGAUGGCUACACGGCAAAAACAAUCAACGCAUCGUCUCUGCUUCGGGUUCUUUCCAUGGGAUAUCCCUUGACUGGCCCAAGAGGCUACAAAUAGCAGUUGGCGCUGCACAAGGCCUCUGCUAUAUGCACCAUGAUUGCGUGCCACCAGUUAUUCACAGAGACAUUAAAUCAAGCAACAUCUUGCUAGACACCGAAUUCAACCCGAAAAUUGCAGACUUCGGCCUAGCUAAGUUGUUGGUCAGGCAAGGAGAGCUUGCCACAAUGUCCACUGUGGUUGGUUCUUUCGGCUACAUGGCUCCAGAGUACGCUCAUACAGUAAGAGUCAAUGAAAAGAUCGAUGUUUACAGUUUCGGUGUCGUUCUCCUGGAACUGGCAACUGGAAGGGAAGCGAACAACGGCGGCGGCAGCGAGCACAGCUCCCUCUCCGACUGGGCAUGGCGUCACGUUCAAGAAGACAAACCGAUCGCCGAAGCUUUGGACCCGGAGGUAAAGGAGCCAUGUAAUGUGGAAGAAAUGUGCUGGGUCUUCAAGGUCGGCAUCAUAUGCACCGAAACUUUGCCUUCCAGGAGGCCUUCCAUGAAAGAAGUCCUACAACUCUUGCUCCGAUGUAGCCGUCUGGUGAUGAGUUACGGCGAAAAUGUCUCCAUAAUCGAAUACAACGGCGCUCCGCUCUUGAGGAACUCGAAGCGUGAGAAUGUUUUAGAAGAAUAAGACAACGACGACGCUGCUUUUGCUAACUUUGUAUGAGUUUGUUAGAGAUGACACAUUGAUUAGUUUGUUAGGUGUUAUUACUGUUUUCAGUUACUGUUAGUUCUUGUAUGCUCUGAUCAUUUUUUAUGAUGUGAUCAAGAGUAUUCUCUAAAACUUGUCUCAUUUCUAUUCACGUUUACAGAGUUAGGCCGUUUGUUAGCAGAGUAGAAUUAUGUGGCUCAGUUCUAAAUAUAGUUAGGAAACUGUGUAAUAGUGUCGUUCCAAUAGUUUUAGAGCAUUGAUGAAAUAAAAUAAUAAGUUAAAUCUUGAAGCACACUCUACCCUAAAUUAUUUUGUAAUAGUACGGCUAAAGUUUAUUUAGUUUAAUAUAUGAUUUGAUA